CGUUACAGUUGAGGGGAAGCGGGGCCGCGCUGAGCUGCCCCUCCUCUGGGCGUCCGCCUGUAUCGUGCAAACGUCUGAACGGGGGGGAUGUGUGUGCAUGCGAAGGCUCCAUCUCUCUCGCUCCUCUUAGUCGUUUGCCAUGAGUGCGCGUCCACCGAAUGGAUGGGCUACUUCGUGUCACGACUGCAAGCAUAACACCUAACGCGGGCUUGGGCCACACGGGCACUCUCGCCUGCCAUGUGGAACCUGAAGCGGGUGGGCGUGUCAGGUGGCCACGGGCUAGCCAAUGGCUCCCGGGUGCCAAGGAAGUCACGCCCACCAGUCUGCCCGGGAGCCCCACCCCCUGCCUCUUGGAGCCCCGGUCCCGGCGUGGUUUGCUCAGAGCGAGUCGGCGUGAGUCACCUGGAAGCGGCAUGGCAUUCCUGCGGCCCCGGCAGGGCUCCGAUCGCGACAAAGGGCAGGUCGCGGCUAAGUAGCCGGUUCUCUAGCGGUAUCGCAGCGAGCGGAUUAAAGACAGCACAAGCCACGAAGAAGCCUUGGGAAAGAGGAGGGGAUAUGGUGGCUCACGAUGACGCUGGGGGGCUGCUCCCCAUUAAGAGGACUAUUCGGGUGAUAGAUGCACAGAACCAGUCGUUCAGGGAACAAGAGGAGCCUAGUAAUAAGCGCAUCCGACCUCUGGCUCGGGUCACCUCCUUGGCAAACCUGAUUUCUCCUGUACGAAAUGGUGCAGUGCGACGAUUCGGACAGACAAUACAGUCAUUCUCUCUUCGCGGUGACAGCAGAUCUCCAGGUAGCGCCCAGAAGCCUUGCAGCCGUUCUGCUGCCCCAACACCACCCAAAAGACGGAACAGCGUGCUUUGGUCUGAGACGUUGGAUGUCAACAUGAAAGAGAUGCUGAGCACCAAAGAGAUCAAGCGCCAAGAGGCGAUAUAUGAAAUGUUGCGGGGUGAACAGGAUUUGAUUGAGGACCUGAAGCUUGCCAGAAAGGCUUACCAUGACCCUAUGUUGAAGCUGUCUAUUAUGUCUGAGGAAGAGCUCACUCACAUCUUCGGGGACUUGGAUUCCUAUAUCCCUUUGCAUGAAGACUUUCUGGCAAGGUUGGGAGAAGCAACAAGGCCAGAUGGGACAGUGGAGCAAAUUGGACCCAUUCUUGUGAAAUGGCUACCGGGACUAAAUGCAUACAAGGCCUAUUGCAGUAACCAGUUGGCAGCUAAAGCCCUUCUGGACCAGAAAAAACAAGACCGUAGAGUCCAGGACUUCCUCCAGCGUUGCCUUGAAUCUCCUUUCAGCCGCAAGUUGGACCUCUGGAGCUUUCUGGAUAUUCCUCGGAGUCGUCUGGUCAAGUACCCUCUGCUUCUGAAAGAAAUCCUGAGGCAUACACCCAUCGAUCAUCCUGAUGUUCAGAUUCUGGAAGAAGCCAUCUCCAUAAUCCAAGGAGUCCUGUCCGACAUCAACUUGAAGAAAGGGGAAUCUGAAUGUCAGUACUAUAUCGAUAAGCUGGAGUACCUCGAUGAGAAGCAGAGAGACCCGCGAAUUGAAGCUAGCAGAGUCUUGCUUUGCCACGGGGAGCUGAAGAAUAAGAAUGGCCAUAAACUCUACGUCUUCCUUUUCCAAGAUAUUUUGGUUCUGACGCGGCCUGUGACACGAAAUGAGCGUCACUCUUUCCAAGUGUACCGGCAGCCGAUCCCUGUCCAGGACCUGGUGCUGGAGGACUUGCAAGAUGGCGAUGUGAAAAUGGGAGGAUCCUUUCGAGGGGCGUUUGGCAAUUCUGACAAAGCUAAGAACAUCUUCCGAGUCCGUUUCCGAGACCCCGCCCCAGGACAGUCCCACACGCUGCAGGCCAACGACAUCUUCCACAAGCAGCAGUGGUUCAACUGCAUCCGGGCAGCUGUUGGGCCCUACCAGCCGAGCGUCACGCCUUCCGAGCUCAAAGAGCUGCCAGAGCUCAGCGAGGAGGUGGAGGAGAACAAUCCCUCUGUGUCCAGCACCAAACUUCAGAGGAGGCAGUCCUCUGUGGCUGGCAGUCUCCACCUGGAGCUGGACGAGAACACCUUGGCGUGCGGCUCUGUGGUGGACGUGGUGGAAGAGGCGGCCAAGAACGCCAAGCCCUGCAGGAUGCACUCUGGACUCAGGCGAACGAGGGAGAAAGCCCAGCUCAGUGGCAAGCGGAAGGAGACACUUGUCUGAAGGAGCCGGCAGCCCUUUCUCAACUGUUUAUUUAUAAAUAGAAAGUGUACAUUUUCUUUCCUGGAAUGUGAGAAUGGCUUUGAAUAUAAACGCCUGUGGUCGUCUUGUCGGUUGUUUGUUUGUUCCCCUUGAUGGCAGCUACUGGUUUUCAGCAAACACUGUUGUACUGGAGUCUGAUUCUGAAAAUUAAAGACUCUGAAUUUUUGGGUUGCAACACAACAGGCUCCAAAUGCUUUGGAAGUAUUAUAUCUGUGAGGAGCAUUUUGGAGCAGGCUUCAACUAUCGCAUGAUUUGUCACCAAGAAACUGCAAAUUUUGAGGCUCGAUUCCCAAAGAAUAUAGAGCAGGCCUAUCAGAAAGGCCUUUUUUUCCCCUCAGCAGUUCAACAUUGCAAAUGCUCACUAUUUAAAAUUUGAGCAUUCUUUAGCUUGUGAUGUGAUUCUGAUUUACACAGCACCCCUUAGAUCGUCAAACCUGGAGUAUCCUAGCACUUACUCUAGAGGGAAGUGGUCUGAGGCCUGCAACUCACAUGUCUUGAGAAGACAGACUCCCAAGUACAACAGGUUUCCAUUUUUACUGACUGGAAUUCUGUGCUUAACUUUUGUUCGUUGUACAUUCCUUGUGUGAGUUGACAUGACCUGCCAGGUAUUUAAUCUUUUUUAUUAUGACUAUUAUUAUUUGAAUACAUUUGUAGAGAACUUUUGUACUUUGAUUUCAGUGUUUCUCAACAUCUGAAUCUUUUCUUUUUUUUUAAGUACUUGAUGAGGUGUGUGUUUGAGCAUGUCUGUAUGUUAUGCAUAUUUAAAAGUCAAUUCAGAUCUUAAGGUGAAACAAAGCCAUGCCUUCUGGAGUCAUUGGGAAAAUGGGAGACAGGGUUCCAACUCCCUGCCCCACUCAUUUGUGAUGCCUGUGCCUUUAAAAUAGCUCUACUCCAGAGAAAAGGUGCUGAAUAAUCAGACUUCUGUCCUCCCUUUAAAAGGUACAGGAGAACCCAAAUGGCCAGUGAGUUAGGCAAUCUUAAGGGGAGGGAAGAUCUGAAGUCUGUUUUGAUGUAGCCUUACAGCAAGCCUGUAGAGUGGCUUGUGUGGUCUGAAACUACUGAAAGAGAAUUGCAGUGAACUUGGAAGGUUUAGGGGAUGUCGCAGAAGGUUUAGGCAAAGAGGACGUUAUACUACAAUAUGAGCGCAAGGGAAUGAGGGCUUUUUGGGAGGCAUCAAGGAUGCUUGCAGUUAGAAGGAAAGGAAGGCACAGUGUAUGUUGUAAGAUGGUAGGAGGUGGUGCUGGAGUGUGUUAAUGAGAAAAAAGGAAACCUGAAGUCUUGCGAUUAUGAUUUUUAAGGGCUUAAUUUCAAGGAAGGAGGGCAGUUUACCUUAAUGUAAUGCAAAUUAGCAGGAAGCAACUAUUAUGUUCUAAUAACACACCUGAAGCACUACCAAAAAUUAGCCGAAGAGAAAGGGGAAUUCUGCAAGGUUUUUUUUUUUUUUUUUUUUUGCAGAGCUGGUGGGGAGUCUCUGGUGCAGAAGAACCAUCUGGCCAGAGUCAAUAAUGGGGAUGAAAUUCUGGAAGCAAAUGUAAAUAAUAAACAACCAAAGCACAGUGGUUCUCUGUAAAAAAAAAAUUGUACAGUGUUGAGCGUGAUGUACAAUUAAAACUCUUCCUGCAUCUUUU